AUGGCAGCAGAUCAACCGAAAAAAGUUUACAAGCCACCAUUUUUCAACAAUGGAGCCGAUGGAGCUGUAAAAAGACGGAAUAGAAGGUACUCAAACAGAUAUUAUGAUGACAGGGGUAAUGAAAAUAGAGAUUAUGACAGAAAUAGAAAUAGAGAUUAUAGAAAUAAUAGAAUGCAAAAUGAUUAUUCUAAUGAUAACAGAGAUGAACAGCCUAAAAGGGUAGAUGGAUUUGCCAUAAAAGGGGAGGCUGAACAAACUGAAAUUAAAAAGUAUGGAGGAAAAAAAAAAGCUAUAAUCCUUGGAUCGGUUUUUGGGGCAGCACUUCUUGGGGCAAUAGGAUAUCAAGUCUACAUAUUUAGAAAAGGUAAAUCAGAGGGUGUAGCCUUGGCUCAAAAGGGUCCGGUUAAAAAGAAGGAAAAGAAGGGAAAGAAGGCCAAAGAAAAUACCGAUGAAAACAAUGACGAAGAGGGAGGAGAGGGUGGGGCUGAAGGUGGGGGUGGGGAUGAAGGUGAGGGUGGGGAUGAAGGUGAGGAUGGGGAUGGUGGGGAUGGUGGGGAUGGUGGGGAUGAAGGUGAGGGUGGGGAUGAAGGUGAAAAUGAAGGCGGGAAAGAAAAAGAAGAAGUCAAAGAGGAAGUCAAAGCGGGAGAGAAAAAGGAUGUCAAAAAGAAAGUUAAAAAGGAAACCAAAGAAAAAAAAGAAAAACAGACAGCCACAAAAAAACCCGGUAAGAGCUAA